AUGCGCGCAACGACAGCAGCAGCAGCAACAACGACGACGACAUCUUCUUCUUCUUCUUCUUCUUCAAUAUCAUCAUCACUUAAAAUUAGUAAUGGUGAAAGGCCAAGGCAAAUUUGGUCUUCAUCGAUCCCCAAAGAUGAAGUCGUUCCAAAACCAAUCUCUGAUGAUGCUUUCGAGAGCAGCAGUAAACACAGUAGCAGUAAUAGUAGCGCUUUUCAUCGACGACGAGGACGAGAAGUUAACGGUUCAGUUGGUGAUUGUAUUUUCCGAAAACGAAGUGUGUUGGAUGAUCACCACAAGGGAGGAGGAUUUGGUCGACCUUUUCACUCCUCCUCUCUUUUAAAAAAAAUCGCAGAACACACAACGAAACAACAAGAGCAGAGAAGAGAGCAGAGCACUACCGCCGGUGCGAGUGGUGCGAGUGAAACUGCUGCUCCUGAAGAUGACGCUCAAAAAGAGCAGCGAGCGAAGGGUUUUGUCGCGAGUUUGGACAAGAACAUCGUAGAUAACGUGUUGAACACGCGCCACGUGCAAAACCUGCGCGAACGCUUGGACGAGAUCAAAUACACGAAGGAGUUCAUUACGAUCGAUAAGUUCGCGGAACUGUGCAAAGAGAGCGGGUGCACUGAGAAGAAACCCGAGGAGUACGUGGAUAUUAUGAAGAAUGCCGGGCUGGUGAUUCAAAUCGAAGAUUACGUGUAUUUAGAACCGCAGAAUAUCACGAGGGCGGUUAUAAACGCCUUGCCGGGAGUUCCCCCUCGAAUCUACGGCGUCUCGGACGCCGAGUUGAGAAAACUGAACGAGGAGUACGAUCAAAUGCGGGAAAAAGUAGUUUUAGCGGAGAAGAAAGCCGCGAGAAGAGCAACGCAGUUGUUAUACGGUGGUUUCAUCGUUUUAAUCGCGCAAUUGGCCGUGUUCGUUCGGUUUACGUACGUGGAAUUUUCCUGGGACGUGAUGGAGCCGAUUUCCUAUUUCGUCGGUUUAGCGAACGUCAUCAUGGGGUACAUGUAUUUCAUGUACACGCAGAGAGAUUUUUCCUUCGGGACGUGGCAAAACCAAAUGAUGCAAUCCGCGAUGGACAGGCAGUUGAAAACCGGGAAGUUUGACGUGACAAAGUACGAACAAAUGGCCAGAAAGUUACGACGAAGGAACAUGAUUCGGUGA